AUGGGUAGAAGGAAGAUCGAGAUCAAGGCAAUCAAGGAUGACAGAAAUCGCUCCGUCACAUUUCUUAAGCGCAAAGGCGGCUUGUUCAAGAAGGCGCACGAGCUCUCAGUUCUCUGCUCCGUAGAUGUUGCCGUCUUCAUCUUCGGGCAGAACAAGAAGCUGUAUGAGUACACCUCUGGCGAUAUGCGUGAGCUCAUGGUCAGAUAUAACUACCAUGGCGGCCCCAACGAGCACAAAGGCCCUUCUGACUACAAUGCUGGCGGCGACGAUGACGAGGACGAAGAGGGCCAGCCUCAGUUUCCUCAUCUGCGCGGCCACACACCGUCUGCCUCACCACCUGUCAACGGCAUAAAUUUCGUUCCGCGUGGCCACACUCCACAGCCGCAAAUGGGCUCCCGACCUUCAUCUAGAAACGACUACAGGCGUGGAUCGGGUAUGAGCCAGCCGCCGCAACAGCACCCGCCUCCGGCGAAUGGAUAUGCCUAUAUGCCACAGCCUGCCAUCUACAAUCCUCAACAUUCGGGCCUGCCACAACAACAGCCGCCGCCGCCGCCGCAGCAGCAGCAUCCUCAUCCCCAAUAUCCGUACAACCAACCAGCAAGUCAUCCUCAAAUGCAGCCUUAUAUGGACGACCAGCGACGCAGCUCACUGCCCCCUGCAUAUCCACCACACACCCAGGCUCCCUCGACACAACCGGCCCGGCCUCAUCCUUCGCCACCACAAUUGCAACAUCAGCAUUUGCCUCCGCAGGCGCUGCCGCAGAUGUCUCCGCCUCAACCACAGCACCAGCGACUGGACCCCCACAGCCAAGGACCGCCUGUAGACACGAGCAUCGAGCGUGCGCCACUAGCUCCCAUGGAUCCGCCAAAGCCCCAACCACAUAAGCGACCGAGCCAACCUUCUCUCGAUACUGAUGCGGCUAUUCGGAAGCACAAUCAACGGAAAACGCAUAGUAUCUUUACGCCCAUCAACGAGACUGGCUCUCUUCUGUCGCAACAUCUGGCAUCCUUCAUCCCUGAGGCGGCCCCAAUCAAGGAGGACCCUGGCAGCAGGUCUCAGUCGGUGGACGUGGGCGCUGUAGCUCGAAACCAUGGCACUGCUUCGCCACCGUCCUCAAGCCACUCAGGCCCGGCAGCCCAUGGUGGGCCAGGAGCACGCAACUCUGUCUCGGUGGUGCCAGAAACUACAUUUACGCCACCUUCCCGGUCCAACAGUAUGCAGUCAAAGACGGGAGGCGCAUCGCGGCCUCGCUUGAAGGUCACCAUUCCAGAUGAGCAAUCAGAGACGGGAAGCAACGCAGCCGAGACUGCGGGUGCCGAGACUGCCACUUCGCCUCGUACUGUGACAGAGACCGCUCCGAUUCCGCGCCGUACUGGAGCUGACAUGUCUGUCGUCCUCCCGCCGCCAUCGCCGUCAGCAUCAGCCCUAUUGUCCGCAGGCGCCACUGGCCCGCCAAAUCCCUUCGCACGCCCGCACCCAUCGCUUCAAAACAAUUCGAACAUGAGUAUUGACACACCCGGUUCCGCGUUACCCUCACGGGUAAUGGGCGACAAUUUCUUGCACAGCCCAAGUAAUUACUUGUCUGGCUGGGAAUUUCGAGGCAACGAUAGCAACACACUGCCCAGUCCUCUCACUUUUGCCACCCCGGUUGCUGGCUUUGGGCCCUCGUUCCUGCGUGACGAGCAUCCGCCCGGUGUCAACAAACGCAAGAGCCCCGACAUUAGCACAUCGGGGCCCUCGGACAGCCACGAGAGCAGUGACGCCAAGAGAGUACGAGUAGAUGGCUAG